UGGUAUAAGACAAGACAAACAAGAAACAUUUUGAUGCUUAUUUUAAAAAACCAAACUGAAUGUGUUUACGACAUUGAUGAUAAUGAUGGACGAUGGCAGGUAGGACAACUAAUGCGAAUUCCAAGGAAAAGAUAUGGUCAUUUGACGUAACAGAUCCAACAUUGCAUCCCAACGGCUUCACGAUAUACAAAGUCACAUGUAGGGUUUUCAUCAUCAGAUCCCCAGAAAGUUUAACAGAGGUGGUGACUUGGAAAAGAUACAAUGACUUCAAACAGUUGUACAAAUCCAUGUUGUCACUACACAAAGCCUUGCAUAGAAAGGAGGAAUUUCCGAAGUUUGCCAGGCCUCUGCUGUUUGGGAGAUUUGAUGAGACUGUCAUUGAGGAGAGGCGACAGAGUGCCAUUAAACUGCUGCAGUUCAUUGGAAAACAUCAUUAUCUGUAUAAUUCCAAUGACUUUAAAGCUUUUAUCAAGACUGCCAGUGAGAUUAAAACAGGAGCUUCUGGGGAGGUACUGAAACCUUCCAAGCUUGACAUUCUGACUGAGGACAAAGGUGAAAGGUCAGAUAACAAAUCACCAAUGACACCGACCAAUCAGCUACCCAGGGAUGAGGUAGACAGCCCUGCCUCCAGCGAAGGAAUGACUGACAAAUCAGAGCAGAAUGGAGAGGAGGAGCUGGACGGUGUGUGGAACUUCCCCCAGGUGCCAGACAACAUCAGCCUGAACUCGUUCGACGACACGGAUGACACAGACACGGGGGAGGUGGACUCCACCCUGGGGACGCCCCUCCCUGACUCAGACAUCUCGUUCUUUGACCCCCUGAUGUCUGACGACCAGCUCCAGCCCCCAGCCUCCACCCUGAGGACCAGUAACAGCUGGCUGUUUACAGCCAUGAACACCUGUGCAGAAAUGGAAAAUGAGUCACAAAUUGAGGACCAAGAUAUGAGAGCAGACUCUGAUGCAGGAAUACAGAUCUCCUUUGAAAAGGGAGUAAACCAGGACAAGCUUGUCAGUCACGAUGAAGCUGAGAGAACCGAACCUACCAGAAAGCCAAUAAUUCCCGAUACUUCAGAGUUUGAUCCACUGCGGAAAAAGAGUGGAUCAAAAGUGGAGUGUGGGAAGGGAGAUAUUGAUUUAUCUGGACUAUCUGGUGUAAAUUCAGCCAAUCAGAGCCCAUCAAAAUCUCUUCUACAAAAAUUACCUAGAAGUCCAUUCAAGACACGGAGCAUGACAGGAGAGAGUGUGUCCACCAUGGAUCUGGGCGGGAAAGAGGAUUAUAUAUAUCUAGCAGCCAAUCAGAUUUGUCUGGCUCAGGAGUGCGAGGCUAACGCUAAAUACGACCUGGCCUUCAGCUACUAUAAGAGUGGUGUGGAUACACUUCUAAAAGGGGUGCAAGGUGACAAGAACAAGGCCAGACGCGAUGCGGUGAGGAGGAAGACAGCCCAGUACUUACUGAAGGCAGAAGACCUGUAUAACAGGCACCUGUCUAAAGACAUUCUGGAUGACAGGAGAUGGGCAGCAGAGAAUAGUAAAAUUCCACCGUCUAUGGACCUUGAUCCUGGUGUUGCAAUGUUGAAAGGAUCCCUGGCUGAAAUGAAGAACUUCAAGGUGUUAGGUACCAUUGACAAAGUGCUGCUGGUGAUGGAUAAAACGAAUGAUGAAACUUAUGUCAUCAAGGUUGUUCACAAGGCAAGCUCCUGCACCAAGAAGUUGAGGACCGUGCUGCCUUCUGGCAGUCCGUACAGCGUGAGUCUACACAAGUUCUAUGAGACGGAGUAUGGUAUAUUUCUUCUUCUGCAGCACGCCACGGGAGGAAAACUAUGGAACUACAUUGGCUCUUAUCUCACAGGGUGGCAAGGAUCCAAACAGUUUGGGGAUGUAGACAAUUCUCAGGUGUACGAAGGAAACGUGUACUCAGGGGUCAAGUUACAUACAGACGAUAAUGCCAUUCCUGACUCUAAUGAGUCUCAAGCCGGCAAUGGAAAUCAAACAAGUGUGUCCAAAAUCUUACAAAAAACGGAGAACACUGAUUUGGAAUUUAUGGCAGCAAGAAAUAUUUUAACAGAAGAGACAAAGGAUAUCACUGUUAGAUACUCAAACAAUAAAACUGAUUCAGUUGAUACAUGUAAAAAUGCAGGAAAGAAGCCUGACUACAGUAGAUUUGAGAGCAUAUCAUCAGAGGAGAAUUAUACCGAGUGUGAUACGUCAGAACUCAGGAGCCAUUCCUACGAAAACAGAGACUCAAGUUUCCAGGAUCUCCUCAAGAACAACACGACCCACCUAGAAAACUUCAGCAUUAACAGCUUUGACAGCAUGGAGGAUCACAGUCGACUGAACAGCUUUGUGUCGGAUCAGGUGACCACUAUUUUGGAGGAGAGUGAGUUAUCUCCCACGCAUUCCCUCCCGAGGAACGAGUCAGAUAAUGUGUUCAGUGAGGAGGGGGGAGAGUUGAGACUCCCGGAGGACGCGGAGUCUAUAGUACAGAGUGCUAGGGAUCUUAUUAAAUCUGUAGAACGGACGUUAUCCCAGUCUGAUGCUGAAGUCCAGCAAAUGUUGUCUGGGGGUGACGAUAGAACGGUGCAGGGUAAUAAUGGUACAGUUAGAAAAUCCGACACUGUUUUAUCGGGGAACAGUAGUGAUACAAUGGUAGGCAGUGACUCUAAUGAACUCAGUAUUUAUGACAUCCACCGAAACAAGGAAGAAACUAGUUCUUCAGGGUCCAGUGUGGACCAGCAAAAGUGCCAUAUAGUUAGUGGUGUUAGCCCACCAGAGGACUCUGUCUGUGAUAGGAAGGACACUCUAGUCAAUUCUCCACUGAAUGAUCUCUCCACAGAUCUCCCUGAAGGUCAGAGCAGGAAGUCCUCAAGGUCAUCAACUCUGACUGAAAAUGUAGAAAAGAACAGGAACAUUCCAAUAACAAAGUUAUCUCUAACGAGACUGAACUCCAUGGAGUUGUGUCGGUCGGCCCCCCUGGAACACGAGCUGACGUCCCCUCCACGGUCGCGACAGAGAACGGUGUCAGAUGUGUUCACGGAACUAGACCAGGCCGCCAGUAAAACGGAGCAGGUUCUGAUCCCCGAGGCCUGCAUCAAACAAUGGACGGCGGAGAUUGUGAUUGCUGUAGCCUGGCUUCACUCUCAGGGCAUCAUAUGCAGGGAUUUGAAACCAGACAACAUACUGCUGGGAGAGAGAGGUCAUGUCCUACUGACCUAUUUUUGUAACCUUAGCCAGGUGGAACAAGGACUGGAUCCUGUAGCUAUUGAAGAACUCUUUGUGGCACCAGAGGUUAUGGGUGUAGGUGGAUAUAACGAGAGCUGUGAUUGGUGGAGUGUUGGAGCUCUAAUGUAUGAACUACUGGUCGGCAGAAGCCUGAUAAGCUGUCACCCAGGUGGAAUCACAUCUCACUCUCCUAUCUAUCUCCCAGAACAUAUCUCACAGGAGGCUCAAGGACUCUUAAAACAACUUUUGUGUUUUAAUCCCCGAGAGCGUCUUGGUAAUGGUAUGAAUGGUGCAGAGGACAUUAAAUCACAUCCAUUUUUCCAAGACAUCAACUGGAACGGUUUAGAGAAUUCCUGAUUCCCACAGAUCUACUUAUACUGUUAUGACACUGUUAUUGACAAUAACUUGACAACAUGAUUACAAAAUAGGGCAGCAAGUCAGAGAAAAGUCAGGAGGGAGCUGAAUUUGUUGUGGAAUUCUUAGAUUACAGAGAAAUUAUUAGGACAGUGAAUGAGAUUAUAAAAUUGAUAGCUGUAGCGGUCAAACAGGUUUGAUCAUGGGUAGCUAGGUGGCUGGGUGCUAGAGCACCUGACUAGUGGCCUUGACCUCAGUUCCAUUUUUCUCCUCCACUCUUCAUUUGGUGCCAUGCCCUGGAAGUGACAGGUUAAAGACCUGCCAGAGAGGAGCCUGGUUUGGUGCCCAUAAGGGCAGGAGGAUGGCGGUCAGAUGGGUUCAAUUGAUUGAGCACCUGACUGGAGAUUCAUGUUCAAAUCCCGGUCUAGUCCAUUGCAAUUUCUCCCUCCUUGUUACACAUUCAAUUCAUUGUGGUUAAUACCACAAGUGAUUACUACCAAUGCUGAAGUUAGUUUAGUAAUCAACUGUUCUAUUGAUACAGUUUGAAGCAAGAAAAUGUCAACACAGUUUUACAUAAUUGGUGCAAUCAACCCCAAUAAUAUUUAUUCCCACCAGAUAGUACACACAUUUGUUUCAUUACUUAGUGUUUUUACUAUAUCAGGUUUUACAUGAUGAUAAAUUUACAUUUAAAUUUUAAUAUGUGUGUAUAUUGCUCAUGCUUGUUUUAGAAACAUAGAUGUAUGUUUGUUUUACGUUUCAAGUCCUUGUUUAUCCCCAUCAAUUGAAUUUUGUUUGAUGCAAAAUAAUGAUGAUUCUUAAAUGAUUAAAUCAUGUAUUAUUAAAAUACAGUUGAUUUAAUCAUUUUUGUUUAUACAUGUACAUUACCUAUAUAAGCUUGUAACAAAUGAAACUUAUUUGUAACUGUAUUCUACCCGACAAGUUAAAACAUGUACGGUAAUUAGUACCCUUCCCCCAAUCUUUAAAAGUAUACAUGUAUCUUUAAAUGUCAGAUAUAUUACAUGUAUGUAAAAGUUAGGAAUUGGGCAAUUAAAAAAAGUUUUCUUAAUACCUCUUAAAUAUUAACCUCUCGAGAUUCCUUUGCUUUGGCUCACUUGAUAAUUUCAUCUCCUUUAGGAAAUUUUUAGAUUAAUGUGUUGGUUUGAUUCACUAAAACGUGAUAGAAACAGACUUGUACAUGUAUUCUAUAAUAUGUGAUCAAAGUGUUGUGGACAUCUUUUCAUGAAUACAUCAGUGAUUAACAUUUAUUUGGAACAUUUGUACACUUUUGAUGUUUUAAAAUUAUAUAUUUACAUUUGCUGAUGUCUUUCCUUAUAUAACAAUGCUAAUAAAAUUGAAAUUCAAAUUUCAAUGACAUGCAGUUGGUCACAUGAUCAGACUCUCUUGAGUAUGAAAAGCAAACUGCACGAGCCAUUUGGAAAGUUCCGAUUGUGACGUCACAUGACGUAGUAGAUACGUUAUGUUGCAUUUCCAAAGCAAAGUCUAAAUAAUGCCUAUAUUUAUUUGUAACACAACUAAAAACGUCAAAUAUAGAUAUAAGAAAUAAAAUAUCAUUUUUAGAGUUUCAUUGGGGUAUAACAGGAAGUCGGUCAAGUGAUCAAAUUCUAUAACGCCCGAAGGAUGGUCUUAUAUGUAUUUGAGUUAUUCAUAUUCUGCUUUGAAAGUGUUUAAUUUUGCUGCAAAACAGAUCUGAGAGAAUUGGAGAAGCUUUAAAGUGGAAACACUAAUGCUGAUUUUUUUUCCUUUCUCUUCAAAAUCUGUAUUUUUAUUGGUGAAUAAUUGUAAAGAAUGAAAAAUGAAAGCUGUGAAGGAAAACAAUUUUACUGUAAGAGUGUAUUUUUAUAAAAGAUAUGUAUACACCAUUACAAGUUGCUUUUCCUGGAUGUCUGUAUUCCACAUUUUCAGAGUUUAACGUAUAUUGACUUGAUUCAUGACCACCUUUCUUUAUUUAUUUUAACUUGAUAUUCUGAAUCCUUAUAGAUAUCUUGACGUUUCUUCUCAGUCCCGUUAAGGCUGAGAUAACAACCAUUGCAUUGAUUUUUUCCUGGUAUUCCAGUGCCAACUUCUUCAUUUCUUAUUUUGGUUAAACAUCAAAAUAAUUCCUGCUUCGUCCCCCAAAAAUGGCUGAACCAAUCAUAGCUACUCAAGAUAUACAUGUACAUGUAUUGAUUCUAUAGGUAAAGAAAAAACCUGCUGAAAUUUAGUGGUUCCUACUCCUCGAGUGAGGAGUUGAAAUACAAUGCUGUAGUUCAGUGUAGUAUUCAAAUAUAUGUCUCCUUUCCUUCUGACAUCAAGCUGUAAAAUUGGUAGAUUUUUAAUGAACAAGCCUUUACCAAAGUUAUGAAAUUUAUUACCACUUAACUCAAGGCCUUGGUGAGAUUUUGAUGGGCCUAUACUUUGUAUCUGAAAAUGCAUUAUAUCUAUAAAAAUCAUUGAACAGCAUGUACUGAAAAAGCUUUUAUUGGAAACAAUAUAUUCCUUUUGAAAUCCAUUAUCUGUGGGUUUGGAACUCAAAGUUAUGCUAAGUUUGCCUUCAAUAAAUGUUUUAUUACAACACAAAGAAGUAUUAUCAGAUUAGUUCCUGCCUUAUGUAGUUCUGGGAAUACUUAUAUGGCUCUUGGGGUGACCUUCAAGGUCCAUAACUCCUCAAUUUACAGAUAUUUGUCUUUAAAGCAACUUAAAUUGUAUUAAAUACAAUGCCAGCUGUCACUAUUUACCUGUUUUAAAAAUUAAAGUGCAAUUUAUUGAAAAAUAAAAAUAUAUAUAUUCCAA